AUGGCCUGCUGUCACAAAGUGCUGCUGCUGGUGGACACCGCGGGCGAAGCCGAUCGCCACAGCCCGGCCCGGCGCGCCGCCCUGCGCCUCCUCACUUACCUAAGCUGCCGCUUCGGCCUGGCCCGGGUCCACUGGGCCUUCAAGUUCUUCGACUCCCAGGGGGCCCGGAGCCGACCCUCCCGCGUGUCUGACUUUCGCGAGCUGGGGAGCCGCUCCUGGGAAGACUUCGAGGAGGAGCUGGAGGCCAGGCUCAGGGAUCGCGCUCCCGGCACCCACCUGCCCGGCCCGACGCCCAGGGCCACCCACACGCACGGCGCCCUGAUGGAGACGCUGCUAGACUAUCAGUGGGAUCGGCCGGAGAUCACGUCGCCCACGAAGCCCAUCCUGCGGAGCAGCGGCCGGAGACUGCUGGACGCCGACAGCGAGGCCCGGGAGGCCCAGACCGCGUUCGGGGGCUUUGGGAACGCCGUCUUCCUCCUGGCGCCCUGUCCGCACUCGCAGAGGGAGCUGCUGCAGUUCGUGUCCGGGUGCGAGGCUCAGGCCCAACGCGUGCCGCUAACCCCCAAGCAAGUGAUGGAGAAGGUGCUGCCUAAGAGGGUCCAGGAGGUCAUGAUCGCCCGAAAUAUAACCUUGUACUGGGUGGACAACACCGAGCGGUCCAAGUUGUGGGCCUCCCCAGACCAUGUUGGGUACUGGACGGUUUGUGAACUGCUCCACCAUGGAGGAGGCACCAUCUUGCCAUCCGAAACCUGGAGCCUGGGUUUUACUAAAGUCAGGGAAACGGUACUGCAGAGUGGUGACAAGCUGUCACAUGAACCUCACCUCUCCCCGUGGAUCUCAGCUCUGCCAAUAGAUGCCACUGUAAACUGCUUACUCUAUAAUUCUCCUGAGUAUGAAGCCUCAUUUCCCCAGACUGAAGGGACAUUGUUUCUCCCUGUUAAAGCUGGAAAAGAAAUUCAAGAAACAUGGACAAUCUCCCUAGAGCCCUUAGCCAUGCAUCAGAGACAUUUCCAGAAGCCAAUCCGAAUAUUUCUAAUAGGCUCAGUGGCCCAGUGGUCUCUCUCAAUGAGUAGUGAGUUAGGCACAGACAACUGGAUGCUACAAAGUCCAGGGGCUCAAAGGCUGUUGUUUCAGGAGCUGGUAAGCAGGUUGACUGCUGAAGAAUUCCAUUUGGUUGCCAGUGUGGAUCCUGGUGAAGGCUGGCCCCCCAUCACAGGAGUUAUUUCCCCAUUCUCUGCCAAUGCUCUGAUUCUCACAGUGUUCCGAGCCAAAGAAGCUGAAUUUCAGAGACAUUUUCUCCAGACAGCUGAAGGCCCCCAGGAAAAGACGUCCCUUUUCUCAGAUGUUGUAGAUAGUGUACUGAAUCAGGUUCAUAAUUUAUCUGAAGAUCCUGUUUCUUCUGCCCCCUGUGUUCCAGAGUGGGCCCAGCAGGAGCUUAGUCGUACCAGCCCCUGGAGUCCAGCUCUUAUGGAAAAGUGGUUUCCUUUCUCUAACGUCAGUGGUGCCACUUCAGACUUGAUGGAAUCAUUUUGGUUAUUACAGGCCGCCUCAUCUGAUAAUGAGGAAUCCUCUAAAGCUGAAAGUGAGCUAACACGCUGCCUCUCUGAACUCUACCAGAGAAAAUCUCAUGAAGAAUCGACUGAAGUUAAUCAAGACCGCGGCAGAAAGAAACGCGGUAUCCCUCGAACUCCAGUGAGACAGAAGAUGAAUACCAUGUCCCGCUCCCUGAAGAUGCUGAAUGUGGCGAGGCUAAAUGUGAAGGCUCAGAAGUUACACCCAGACGGUAGUCCAGACAUUGCUGUGGAGAAAGGCCUCCAAAAGACAGCUGUCGGGAAAACAGGAGAGAAAUCGGAAGAUAGAGGAAGAACAUUAAGAAGUUCUAAACUUAAGGACUUUAAAACUGAAGAGGAGCUAAUGUCUUACAUACAUGAAAACUACCAAAAGACUGUGGCUACAGGAGAAACCACAUUGUAUUCAUGUGCUCAAAAUAUGGUCUCAACCAUUAAAGUGUUCCUAAAGUCGAAGGACGUCAAGGAAGUAGAAGUGGUUUGCCUGAAUCAUAUGAACAACAGCCUCUUAAAAACCAGCAAAACUCUCCGACAGAAUCAUGGGGGAAAACUGGAUAAAGAAGACAAAGUGAGAGAGUGCCAGCUUCAGGUGUUUCUUCGUCUGGAGCUGUGUCAGCAGUGCCCCUCAAUACUGGAAAGUACAGAUGAGGUAGAACAAGUAGUGGAGGAGGUGACAGAUUUGCUGCGCAUGGUAUGUCUCACUAAGGACUCAGCAUACCUGUCAGAGUUCCUGGAGGAGAUUUUGAGACUGUAUAUUGACUCCAUCCCGGGGACAAUUGGACAACUUUACCACAGCCUGGGGUUAAAGAUUCCUCAGAAGCUGGCUGGAGUCCUUCCUACAGAAUUUUUUAGUGAUGAUUCUAUGACUCUAGAGAGUAAGUCACCACCUCCCCCAUCAAGUGCUCACAGAUCGGUGUCAGGAGUCACUGAGUCUGAGCAGCUGGAGGAGCUGAGGACCAGAUCAGCUAAGAAGAGAAGGAAAAAUGCACUAAUAAGACAUAAAAGCAUUGCAGAGAUUUCACAGACUCUUCGACAAAUUGAAGUUCCCAAAGUGUCCAAGAGAGCUACUCGAAGUGAGACUUCUCACCUUGCUUCUGCACAGCCAUCACUCCCAAGGAAAGACACGGGUCAAGAAGUGACUAAAGUCCGAAGAAAUCUCUUCAACGAGGAAAUGCUUUCUCCUUCAAAGCGGGGGCUGAAGCGGGGACUGCCUCGCAGCCAUUCUGUAUCAGCCCUGGAGAGUUUGCACCACAAACAGAACAGCUUCAAGAAGACCAAAAGUUAUCACAAACUGCUGACUAAGAGUGUAGCCGAGACCCCAGUUCAUAAGCAGAUCUCCAGGCGACUGCUCCACAGACAAAUCAAGGGCAGGUCUUCUGAUCCUGGUCCUGAUAUUCACGUAGUUGAAGAGUCUCCUGAGAAAGAGGAUGAAACAAGUUUGAGACGAAGUCCUCGAAUCAAACAGUUGUUGUUUAGCAGAACAAAUUCUGGUUCCUUCUAUUCUGUGUCUCAGCCAAAGUCUCGAAGUGUGCAAAGACUCCACUCAUUCCAGCAGAAGUCAGACCAAAGAGAAAACUUUCCAGUCCAAAAUAUUCAGUCUCCUAAAACACUUCUUUUUGGGGCUCUAUCUGAGAUAACUGGCUCCUCCAAGAAGGGCUCAGCCCGAAUUAGGAAGUCCUCAAGAAGCAUGUUGGAUUCUGAGAUCUCUACAGCUUACCAGACUCCCAAAAAGAGUAACCAAAAAUCUCCAAGCUUUCCUAAGACUACACCAAGAAAGUUCCCUCAUACAGCACAGACUUCACUAUGCACUCCAGAAAGACUCCAAAACUCCCCUACAGAAAUACCUCCAGCUGAGCAAGCCAUUUCUGAGACAUCCUUAACAGGCUCCUCACACGGUUAUAGCUCACCAUUGGCAUCAAAAGUCACUCCCCAAAAAAGAGCCUCCCCUGCAGCAGAAGAAACCUCUCCUCUCCUCACAGAGCUGCCCAGAACACCCAGUGGGGAAGAUGUCCAACGUCCUCGAUGCUUGUCAGACUGUGCAUGGCUACACUCAAUGAAUUCCAGUCCAAAGGGCCUUUAUUGUCCAGCAUCCCCACCUCCCUUGACUGCCCAGUCCCAGAGUCAGUGUCUAAGCCCUGUAAGAUAUUCUUUCAGAACACCUCCACGUACAGCCCUCGCUGGCACACCUGAGCAUCAGAAGCACCAACAGCUCCCUCUCCCCAGGACCUCUCAGGUACAGGAACCUGCACAGAAACUACAGGAGAAAGCCAUCAAAAUCCCAAAGAAGCCAGCAGACUCCAUUCCUUCUUCCCUACCUCUUUCUCCAGAGGAACACUUUACUUCUGGAUGUGAUGGCUCCCAGCGUCAGCUUAGGAAAUCUUUGUCAGCCUCUCCUCCUACAUCACCCAGCAUAGCUGCAUCUGUCUCUUACUCUGUUCCCUCAACUCCUCCCAGAACCCCACAGAGAAUGACCUCCCACCCCAUCCCCCCUUCUCCGCCAUCGAAGCUUAGGAGACAAUGGAGAAAGACCUCCAGUCCUCAAGAGUUCCCAGAGUGCCAGCCUGGACCCUCUGCUGCUCCAGUGCUUGAGGCAGCUGCCAGCCCAGGGGCCAUCGUAGGCUCUGGAGGACAGCAAUCUCAAUCUUCUGAAGGACAGAGCUGCCCGGGCACUGGUUUCAGGAAUGCCUGGCAGGUAUCCUCUCCUGUGCUCAUUGCAGGUGACACAGAGUACCAUCCUCUGAUUGAAGCCCAACUCCAUAGCCUUGAGAGUCAUGAGGUAAAAGGUGGCAUCUUACCAGGGGAAGAAGGUGAGGGGCGGAAAAGCACACGAGCUGAUGAGCCUUCCUCUGUGUCUGGCCCUGGAAUUCUUCCACCUGUCCCUUCCUCUGUGUCCAGCUCCCCUGAGCUGCUGGCCUACACCUGCAUGGCAGGCAGAAGGCAGAGCGAGACUGGUGCCCAGCAGGGGAGCCCACACACUUUGGAGGCCACUGGCAGCCCUCAGACCUAUGAGGUUGAACUGGAGAUGCAAACAUCUGGCCUUCCCAAACUCCGAAUUAAAAAAGUAGACCCUGGAGCUCUUCUGGAAGCUGAGGCUCCAGGAAAGGAAAGCCCUCUAGGAGAGGAGGGUUCCCUCCCUGCUCUUAGCAUGCCCAAGGCCAGCAAGUCCUCCAGUACCUAUUUAUCACCCCCUUGCCUCCGCCCCUCACACAGCACGCCUGGCAAAAAUGGGGGGCAAACCUUCAUCUGCCAGUCUUGUACUCCCUCGCGCUGCCCGCCCAGUACCCCCUCUCCAUUUCAAGCAGAUGUCGGGGUUUCUUGGACACCAUCCCCCAAGCAAAGUGGGAAGACCACUCCUGAAAUUAUCAAAGACUGGCCCCGAAGGAAGAGGGCAGUGGGCUGCAGUGCUGGUCCCUGUGCUGGGAGAGGCGAGGCCAGUGCCGACUUCCCUGGGGCUUCGUCACUGCCUGAGGCUGAGGGAAAGGAGCAAUGCCUUGAAGGUGGUGACCUCCCUAAGGCUCUUGUCUUGGAGGAUUUUGAACUAGAGGGGGUGUGUCAAUUGCCAGACCAGACACCUCCCAAAGACAGUGUGUCUAAGACUGAGGAAGCCUUCUCCUGGGGACAGUUUGGAUUAGGCUCCAGAAAGAGACACCAGUCUGCCAAGGAAGAAGCCGAAUACGACGUCAAAAGGGUCUGUGAUUCCCUGAGUGAAGACCCCCAAGCUAGCAAUCACAGAGAGUGGUCUCCACACUGGAGUGCACCGCCAGUCUGCUCUGUAGGGGAAGACGAGGUGUUUGUUUCUGGCUCCACCCCACCCUCUGGCUGCAUGGUACGGAGCAGCCUCUCUGCCAGUAGUCUGCAGGCCCUGACUCAGUCUCCGCUGCUGUUCCAGGGAAGAACACCGUCCUCUCACAGCAAGGAUGGCAGAGAUGAGGAUGUGGAUGUGUUCCCUUCCACUACCGAAGUGUCUCCUUUCAGCCAAGCCUUCUCCCGGAGACGGCCUUUCAGAACCUACACGAGGAAGAAGCUCAUCAGCUAGCCCUGG